GGGGGUGGUGCUGGCGGAGGUGGUGGUCCUGGAGGAGGCUACGGAGGUGGAAGCGGUGAAGGCGGUGGAGCUGGAUACGGAGGCGGAGAAGCUGGUGGGCAUGCUGGAGGAGGAGGAAGCGGAGCGGGAGGCGGUGGAGGAGGUGGCGGUGCACAUGGUGGAGGAUACGGUGGUGGACAAGGUGGCGGUGCGGGAGGAGGAUAUGGGGGUGCAGGUGCCGGUGCCGGUGGACAUGGGGGUGGUGGAGGCGGUGGGAAUGGUGGCGGUGGAGGAGGAGGUUCUGGCGAAGGAGGAGCUCACGGUGGUGGUUACGGAGCAGGAGGUGGAGCUGGAGAGGGAUACGGCGGUGGUGCGGGAGCUGGUGGACAUGGCGGUGGAGGAGGAGGCGGCGGUGGGGCUGGAGGAGGAGGAGGAGGUGGCGGAGGUUAUGCUGCCGCAUCUGGAUAUGGUCACGGUGGGGGUGCUGGUGGAGGAGAAGGCAGCGGUGGCUAUGCACCAUGAAAAGAAUAUCUAUAUGGAGUGUAAGGCCAUUGAGUGAAGUGUCAUUGGUAUUAUUAUAGUUUCAAUAUAUAAUAUGGUUGUGGUAAUGAAUAGAGUAAUAUUUUGUAUAAAUAAGCCGUAAAAAGGCGGCUAUAUAUUGUUGAAGUUUAAAAGUUUGUAUCCAUGCAUGUUGUUGUAAGCUACUUCGUAUCGUGUGUGUCAAGUUUUUUAUAAACGAAGGUAGUUGUUCCCAA